GAAAGGGAAAAACCACGCCUUGGGCUCGGACAUUUUUUCCUAUAAAAUAAUCCACCGAAGAAUGAUUGUUUCCUGCAGGCGACUGUGGUGCUAGCAGUGAAAAGUACCCCAAGGAAAGGAAAGGAAAGGAGGGUUCUUGAGAGCCUGCGCAGAGAGAGGCAAAAAGCAAGAAUGGAGCUGAAGCUGAGAGGGAUGAUGUUGGGAUGGUUUCUGUGUUUCGCUUUUGGGUUUGCAUCGUGCAGAUCUGAGGAGGGUCUUGAGGAUUUCGGGGAAAGGGAGAGUCUCCUUUCUUACUUGGAGAGCGAUGCAGUCUCGUCCUCCACUUCGCAGCCCCUCAUGGUUGGCCUCACUCUCAUUCAGGGUGCUGCUGCUAACGGAGCUGUCUGCUUAGAUGGUACAUUGCCUGGUUAUCAUCUUGACAGAGGCUCUGGAUCGGGUGCAAACAGUUGGCUCGUCCAUUUAGAGGGCGGGGGAUGGUGCAAUACAGUGAGGAAUUGUGUUUACAGAAAAACUACUCGUCGUGGUUCAUCAAAGUUUAUGGAGAAGCAAUUACCUUUCACAGGAAUAUUGAGUAAUAAAGCUGAAGAAAACCCUGAUUUUUUCAAUUGGAACAGAGUAAAGAUCCGGUAUUGCGAUGGGGCUUCUUUCAAUGGAGCAGGCCAGGAUGAGGCUGCGCAGCUCUACUUUCGAGGACAGCAAAUCUGGUUGGCAGCAAUCGACGAGUUGAUGUCCAAGGGAAUGAAGAAUGCCGAUCAGGCUCUUCUUUCUGGAUGCUCUGCUGGGGGUCUAGCAUCUAUAUUGCACUGCGACGAGUUCGGCACCUUAUUCCCAAAGACUACCAAAGUGAAAUGCUUAAGUGAUGCGGGAAUGUUCCUUGAUGCAGUAGAUGUUUCUGGGGGCCAUGCUCUUCGGAGUAUGUUCAAUGGUGUAGUCACCUUGCAGGAUGUGAAAGAAAAUCUGCCUAGUACCUGUACCAGCCAUCUGGAUCCAACUUCGUGCUUCUUCCCACAGAAUUUGGUUUCAAACAUUAAGACUCCGCUGUUUCUUUUAAAUGCCGCCUAUGACGCAUGGCAGGUCCAACAAAGUUUGGCUCCACCAUCAGCCGAUCCUCAUGGCACUUGGACUGAUUGCAAAAUGAACCAUGCACGUUGUAACUCGUCACAGAUACAGUUCUUUCAAGAUUUCAGGAACCAAAUGCUCGAAGCAAUAAAAACUUUCUCGAGGUCUGAUCAAAAUGGUCUAUUUAUCAAUUCCUGUUUUGCUCAUUGCCAGUCCGAGAGACAGGACACAUGGUUUGCCAGUGAUUCUCCCCUUAUUGGAAAUAAGGGGGUUGCUGAAUCCGUAGGAGACUGGUUCUUCGAUAGAGCAACUGUUAAAGCCAUUGAUUGCGCUUACCCCUGUGAUAAGACCUGUCACGAUCUGGCCUUCACUCACUGACUUAUUAGGGCUCUCUCUGAUUGAUUAUCCCUAUUGGUAAUUUUUGAAGGCUGUAAGAUUGUUAUGUAAAAUAAGGUGUUCCUGCUAAAUUGGCGGAGCAACAUCAUUAUAUAUGUCAGAAAUAUAGAAGGGACUACUAAGGAGAACGGGAUGGAAAGGGCAUUUUCUCGUCAUUCUUUGCGAGUUCUCUAAAUUGUUAUUAUUCAACACGAGAACUCAAGACGAAGUGAUGUGGGAUUCCAUCCUUGUGCUUGUCAACAGGGUUUAUUU